AUGUCCGCUCGCUCGUCGUCGUUUUCCUUGGGCACGCUCGUUCAGUAUGCUUUUUUAGCGGUUUUGGCGUAUGUGCUUGCGGGCGCGCCGCUGCUGUCCAUUCUUUCAAGCUCGGAUGGGAGAAGGGAGAUAGAUAGGCCUAGGAAUGUGGAAAUUUCAAAGGAAAAGUUGGAGAGCUUGGUUAUUCCGGAGGGCAAUUUGACGUGCGGGGAGCAUGCGUAUAGGGGUGUUUAUGUGUUGAGUAGGGAGCCGUUGGUUGUGUAUAUUGAGGGGUUUUUGACCGAGGACGAGUGUGGCCAUGUUGUGGAGUUGAGCGAACCCCUCUUCACCCCAAGCACAGUGUGGACCUCCGGCCACGAGCGUCUAGACCCUUCCGUCCGUCUAUCAGAGAAGGCCCGCGUCUCACGCGACAACGUCGUCCAAUGCAUUGAAGAGCGCGCACGCACGUUCCAGGGCUGGCGGCCAUACGUCUUUGUUGAGCGGCUGUGGGCUCAGCGAUACGGACCAGGCGGGCACUACAGCUACCACUACGACUGGAGUACCGCUACUAGACACGCUGGAAGAGUUAGCAGUUUUAUGGUGUGGCUCGACGCAGAUUGCACGGGCGGCGGGACCAGGUUUCCUAGACUUACAAGACCUGGUGAUAAGAGUUGGUGUAGAUUUGUUGAGUGCGAGGGGGAGGGAGAUUUCGGUGAGGAGGAGGGACAGGGGGUUACGUUUAAGCCGAUCAAGGGUAAUGCAGUGUUCUGGGAGAAUAUGCGCAGUGAUGGGACGGGAUAUGAGGAGAGUUGGCAUGCGGGUUUGCCAGUAAAAAGCGGGACGAAGAUUGGGUUGAAUAUCUGGAGCUGGUAUCAGGAAGGCUACGAUCCUCACGCACAAGAGCAAGAAACAUCUUCGGGACCCUGACAUACAUAACUUCAACAAAACAUAUAUACACAAAUACAUUCUGGCCUAUUCCGAGCCAGCUAGCGCUCAAACCCCGUCU